AUGACGGCAGGCCGGGAUAUCUUUAGCAGUCUAUCCUCUAUCAGCGGGUUUCCAAUCUGGCUGGGCGCAAUUCUCGCCUUGACUAUCUUCGCUAUCCUCUUUACACUGCUCCGUGCCGGGCUUUCACCUGUGAGAGCCAUACCAGGACCAUUCUUGUCCCGUUUCACGGACCUUUGGUAUCUCUGGAGACUUUACCGAGGCCAAUUCGAGCAGGAAAAUCUCGAGCUACAUCAGCGAUAUGGCCCAAUUGUUCGUCUUGGUCCUAACCGCUACUCCUUCUCCCAUCCCGACGCUUUGAAAGCCAUCUACGGACCAAGCGCCGCACAUCUAUUCCCCAAGUCCCCUUCUUAUCGCCCAGCUGCGCCUCCAGACCCCGAGAAAUGGACCCUCUUCGCUGAUGAAGAUAUUCAACGCCACGCAAAGCACCGUCGACUUUACCAGAGCACCUACUCUAUGUCCUCACUUGUUACUUAUGAAGCCUACGUCAAUCAAUGCGCUGACCUCUUCUCACUCCGACUCUCUGAGCUUGCUGAUGCUGGCGUCCAAGCUGACAUGGGCUAUUGGUUCCAGUGCUUUGCAUUUGAUGUCAUUGGUCUCAUUACUUACUCAAAGCGUCUUGGGUUCUUGGAGCGAGGCGAGGAUGUAGGAAGCAUCAUCAAGACCAUCGACAACGAGAUGGUCUAUUUCGUGGUCGCUGGCGUCUACAGCUUCCUCCACAAGUUGGCUUUUCCGAUUCGAAACUGGCUAGCUGGGAAGGAAGGUACUGGUCGGACGUACUUGAUGAACUUUACCAAAGAGAGGGUCAUUGAGCAUCAAGAUCGACCGCAUGUUGUCACCGCUGAAGAUGCCGAAGCAAAGAAAGUGCCUUUGGACUUUCUAUCCAAGUUCUUUGGCAAACAUGUAGAGGACCCGGGCAAAUUCACCAUGUACCAUGUCCUUGCAGGGUGCGCAUCUAACAUUGUGGCCGGUUCAGACACGACUGCGACAAGUCUUUCAGGUAUUCUCUAUCAUUUGCUCAAGAACCCUCAGGUACUCCAACGGCUUCGACAAGAGAUUGAGGAAUUUGACCACGAAGAUUUUGACGGUCGAACCAUUUCGUGGACGCAAAGUCAGAAAAUGCCAUACCUCCAGGCUGUGAUAAAAGAAGCCUUGAGAUUGCAUACCGCCGUGGCAUUACCUAUGGAAAGAGUUGUUCCCCAAGGAGGUGCAGAGAUUUGCGGCCAUUAUUUCCCCGGAGGUACUUGUGUAGGAUUCAACAACUGGGUCUAUCACCGUAACAAAGCUGUCUUUGGAGAAGACGCACACGAGUUCAAGCCCGAGCGUUGGCUCACGAGUGACUCGGAACAGCUUAGUGCCAUGAACAAAAACUUGAUAUCGUUUGGAGCCGGAGCUCGAACCUGCAUCGGACGCCACAUUGCAGCACUUCAGAUGUCCAAGUUGGUUCCACGGUUGGUGAAGAACUUUGAUUUCACGCUUUGUGAAGACAUCUCCGGGCCUGAACAUCAGUGGACUACCAAGAACUACUUCUUUCUCAAGCCAACCAACUUUCGAGUUUCGGUGAGAGCUAAGGCAUGA